UAAAAAUUACAGUAUACCAAAAUAAAAAUUAAAAGAUUACAAAAAUAACAUGUACACCCACUCAAUAACAACAGACAAUUAUUCAACAUUAAUUUCUUUCCUUUACCUUCAAAGUUCAUCCUCCACCUCUGUAUAAAUAAUCCAUGUGUUGUUCUUCGAACCCUACUUUUUGUUUUUUAAUUAACAAGCUGAAGCACUAGAUUUUAUGGUGACUUCUCCAUCUCCUUCCGAAUCUUCUUCUCGCAAGCCCAAAAACUCAAAGGACAAGACACCAAGCAAGAGGAGAACCUCAGUGUUCAGAGGAGUCACCAGGCAUAGAUGGACAGGGAAGUUUGAGGCUCAUCUGUGGGACAAGAACUUCAGGAAUCCAACAAACAACAAGAAAGGAAGACAAAGUUUUUAUCUGGGUGCUUAUGAUGAUGAGAAGGAUGCAGCUGGUGCUCAUGAUCUUGCUGCUCUCAAACACUGGGGGCCAACGACACCAUUAAAUUUUCCACUGGAGAAGUAUACAAAAGAGUGUGAAGAAAUGAAGGGCAUGAGCAGAGAGAACUACUUGGCUUGUCUGAGGCGCAAGAGCAAUGGAUUCUCAAGAGGCCUCUCCAAGUAUCGUGGAGUCGCCAGGCAUCACCACAACGGUAGGUGGGAAGCAAGAAUUAAAAAGGAUUUUGACAAGAAGUAUCUCUACUUGGGAACCUUCGAGAGCGAGAAUGAAGCGGCUCGUGCAUAUGAUUUGGCUGCGAUCAUGCUAAGAGGCCCUGAUGCGAUCACCAACUUCGACUCGGCCUCCUACUCGCUCGACUCGGCCUCCUACUCGCUCAAGCACAGCCCGAGCUCACCGUUGUCAUCGCCAUCACCUUCAUCAAUGACACCGAGAGAGUUAAAAUCUUUCACCUUCCCACUUGACGAAGCCAUGUUCUCUUUCGGUGAUCAUCAGCGCAGUCUCUUUGAUGUUUUGUUGCAGCAUUACGAUCAUCACCGUGCGGUCAUUUGUUCUCGUCUAUCAGAUUUUGAUGACGACAAUAAUGAUCGUUUGGAUCUCCUUUUUGAUAAUAGUUUUGCUUAGGAGAGUAACUAUGAAAAUAAAAGACAUGAACUCUUGCACUUGA